AUCUGGUAACUUGGCAUUACUGUGAUUUUAAACUUUGUCUGCUUGAAUUAGUAGUUUGUGGCUCCCAGCCCAGCGCAUCAAACUACAGCAUAUCCAAUCAAAUCAUCUUAGUGCGUUUCCAACUCACGUGAAGGAUUGUCGGACACGUGAUAGUUCUAAAUGGACGUAACGACUAAUGGUUCCCAGCAGAUUCGACUAAAACGUGCCACUGUCCCAGAAAUCUAUCGGAAGGCUGCCCGGAUAUUAAAAUCAGCAGAAGAAAGGAAGGGAAGUCUCAAGAAUUUAAUCUACUCUUCAGGUUUCCGUGAUGUCAAACCUCUGUAUGCAUUGGUUGCAGAAAGUUGUAAACAUCAAAGUGCAUUGGAUGAGCUAAUUAACAACACCGCAGGUUUCCAAAACGUGAAACCUUUUGAUCCCCAUUUGGCCAGGAUUUUGAUCACAGAGUUGAUUUGGGGGAAAGGGUAUUUGAAACCUAUAAAUGCACGAGCCAUCAGGAUAAUUCUAGAGUUAGAAAGUGAUCUCAGGCAGGCAUUAGACAGCCUAAAUUCACAGGAAGAAAAUGACUCUGUGCAACAAAUUUCAGCUCCGCGUUAUGUCCGUGUCAACACGCUGGUUUCUACUACCGAAAAGAUCUGCAACCAGUUGACUGGAGAAGGAUGGAAACAAGUUCGUUCAAAAAAAAAGUCUGGUUAUGAAGGUUUCAUCGAACGAGUUAAAGGCCUCGGUGAAAAUGAAUUUAUUCUCGAUUUUCAUUUGGAUUUUCUGCUGGUUUUCCCAUCUACCGCGCAGUUUUAUAAUCACAACCUGUUGAAAAGUGGAGCCAUUCUCUUGCAGGAUAAAGCAAGCUGUUUGUCAGCAGUCGCGUUAAAAAGCAACCCAUUUUACGGCAAGAUGAUCGACGCCUGUUCCGCACCUGGAAUGAAGACUUCUCUUUUGGCUGCAUUAUCCAAUAACCAAAGUUCCAUCAUUGCGAUCGAACGAGACGCAAAACGAUGCAAUACUCUGCGGCAGACCAUAUCAAACACCCACGCAUCGAAGGUAACAGUUCAACAAGCCGAUUUCCUUACCCUUAAUCCGUCUGAUUAUCAAGACGUGAAAUAUAUCCUUGUGGAUCCAUCUUGUUCCGGAACAGGGAUUAUCAGUCGUUUGGAUUCAAAACGGAAAUCGGAAGAAGGGGCCAAUUUGGAACUUCGUCUGAAACGUUUAAGUUCUUUGCAGUCACGGUUGGUGGAGCAUGCAGCAACGUUCCCUUCAGUUGAACGCAUUGUGUAUUCAACUUGUUCGAUCUACGAAGAAGAAAAUGAAGCUGUCGUGAGACAAGUCCUGACAAAAAUUGGACAAUCAUUUCAAUUAGAAGAAGCAUUGCCUUGGUGGCCGAGACGAGGAACGAACCGUUACGAUAAUCCUCCUGACGACGUAAUAGGCGUUAAAUGUGUUCGAGCCGAAGCUGGUAAGGACUUAACCAAUGGCUUUUUUAUCGCCCUUUUUGUGCGGAGAAUUUAAGCUGGAAAACUUUGGUUUCGUAUGAUUUGAGAAGAACUCUUUAUUCUAAUGAGUAAUGAUAAGUUGGCAUUGACUUUAAAAAAUACAGCCAAUGUCUCUUGCCUUGA